AUGGACUCCGAAGAUGUGUUCGAGCAUUACAGGGCUGUUGCUGCCUCUUCUGGCCAAAAGAAGGACAACAAGAGGGAUCGAGGGGAGAGCAGCAAGACUGCCUCAAAGAAGGCCCGAACUAACGAUCCUCCGGCUACCGCCCCUUCGAAGGAGAACUCGCCACCUCCAACACCCCUCGAGCAGCCGGCCUCAACUCCUGCCGAUCAGCAGCCUUCUCCUAAGGCUUAUAGCAGGGAAACAUUGCACACUCAGCCUGAAGGCUCCCUGCCCAGCCUCGUGGUAUCUUUUUCUAUUUGUCUUCAGGGACUGCUGACCAAAACCGCUGGCUGGUGCCGUGCUGGGGCGUUGGUGUCUCGGGGUAGGAACUUUGAUUCCAGGCUCGCCAAGGCUAAGCAAACACUCGAAGCUAAAAACAACGAGCUUGCUAAACAUAAUGGCGAGCUUCUCGGGGAGAACACGAAGCUGUCCAAGCGGAAAGAUGAGCUACUCGAGGACAAAGCUACUCUGAACAAGGAGCUACUGAAAACCCAGGACACCCUGAAGAAAGCCAACGAAUCUAGGGAAAAGUUCAGGGAAAGCACCAAGCUCAACUAUCAACUAGCUAUUUUUCUCUAG